GGGAGGUCAGAGGGAAGGCGCGAGGGUCACGUGCUUGGUGUUCUCAUCCUAGUUUAGGAAAUAUUUUAUUUGUUCUCGUUUUUAUGUCACCACCGAGAGUGAGCAAAUGAUUCUGUCAGACCAGUCGUGCAGUUCAAUUUACCCAAACCUCUCUCCUUCUCCUCCUUUUCACUCGCAGAGAGAGAGAGAGAGAGAGAGAGAGAGAGCUCUCUGCCUAUCUAAGAAGCUACGUGCGAGACUCCAAUCCCAAAAAUGGCGUCCACAAGUUCUCUAAUCCCUAUUCUUUCCUGCACUCUGCCCCUCAAUCCCCACCAAUUUCCCGCAUCCUCUUCAAUCUCCUUCUGUAAGUUAAGCCCAUAUGCAAAUCCAGUUUAUCCUCCAGUUUUAUCGUGGUCUAGCAGUAAGGUUGAGAAGACUCGAAGAUCUCUUUGUGUUAAUGGUUUGUUUGGAGGGAAAAAAGACAAUAAUGAAAAAAGUGACAAUACGACCCAAAAGGCAGGAAUAUUAGGUAACAUGCAAAAUCUCUAUGAAACUGUUAAGAAGGCCCAAAUGGUAGUUCAAGUUGAGGCAGUACGUGUUCAGAAAGAACUUGCUUCAGCAGAAUUCGAAGGUUACUGCGAAGGGGAGCUAAUAAAGGCAACGCUUUCUGGUAACCAGCAACCUAUGCGCAUUGAGAUAACUGAGGCUGCAAUGGAACUGGGAGCUGAAAAACUCUCUCUUUUGGUAACUGACGCUUACCAGGAUGCACACCAGAAGAGCGUCCAGGCUAUGAAGGAGAGGAUGAACAAUCUUGCCCAAAGCUUAGGAAUGCCUCCCCCACAGGGCCUUAACGAGGAAUCAAAGUGACGCGUGGGAAAUUUGUACAAAAUCUUUUUGGAAAAAACUAUCAUUUCGCAAAUUUACCCAUAAAAUUUCCUGUAUUUUGAGUUCAGAUUUUCUUUUUCUUUCUUUUAAUGUCACAAAUAUUCAUGUUUAUGGCAGAACAUCACGUAUUCUAAAAA